AUGGAACCCAGAAACAAGCUCUGUGCACGGAAGGCCACCUGGCUCGCCUUCGGCCUCAUUGCACUUGCCGCGACUACUAUCUCCUCGGCACAGGACACAGGUUCUAUAGUAGAAAGCAGCUCAUAUUUGACCGCUGACACGGUCACGACGUCGCUGACGGCAUUGCCAGAGACGACGGCGUCUGUUAUUACCAAACUACCACCACCGGAGCCUCCAUCUACGCAGACGCAACAUGAAUUGGAUCAAGCAACUGAAGCCGCACGAGCCUACAAGCAGGCCCUAUCAACACUAUCUAAUAUGCGGUCGCACCCUCAGCAGCACAUCUUCGACGCAUCUCUUGUGCAGGGGAACAGCAACUCCAAGUCGAUAUUUUCCUCCUUCCUCCCAAACUUCCAAGGGCAAGGCCCUAUUGGCACCCUCGUCCGCAUUCUCCUCAAGCUGCACCAAUCAACAUUCACUCGCGUGUCCAACGUUCUGAACCAAGAUGGACUCGGCCUAGGCUCAAAGAAGCGGGAAGAGGAGCUAAGAGGGAAGGCUAUCAAAGUUGUCGACCUCCUGCAGCAUUCAGCAGAGCUUGGUAAUAUGGACGCACUGUUUACGCUGGCGCAGGUCUCUUUGUUUCCGCCUACGCCACACUUCGCCCUGGACCCACAAUUAGCGUACCAAAUGCUCUCGACCCACGCGAUACGUACGGGCAACGCGACCUCACAAUCAUUGCUAGCUUUCUUCCACGCGACUGGCUACAAGGGAGUCGUUCCUGUCAACCAAGGCAAGGCACAGCUGUAUUCCACGUUUGCUGCAAACGGAGGCGACAAAGGCGCACAGAUGGCUCUGGGAUACCGUUAUUGGAGUGGUAUUGGGACGGGAGAAAGCUGCGAGAGUGCGUUGGCAUGGUAUGGAAGUGCUGCUGAACAAGCAAUGGCGAAAUUCCUCUCUGGCCCACCUGGAGGGCGUACCUUGCCACAAACAGCGACGCGUCUCUCUGACCUAGCCGGCGGUGUAUACGGACCAGGAGCGAGCGUUGCGUCCACCGGCCUGAACACCCAUCGAGCUGCCAUCAAAGCAGGCAUCGCUCGUGCAGCCGGAGAAACAUGGGAGGACGUCCUCGAAUACUAUCUAUUCAAUGCCGACCGCGGCGAGAUCGACUUCGCGUACCGCCUGGGCAAAAUUUUCUACCAAGGCAGCAUCUAUGCCACACCAGGUGGCAUCGCGUCGGGCAGCGAAGGUGUUGGCGCCAUUCCGCGAAACUUCAAGUCUGCACGUCGGUACUUCUUGCUUAUCGCGCGUCAAGUAUGGCCACACGACCCGCCGUCGGCCCCGGUGACGACGAAGGACGAGCACAAGCCUGUUGGGUACGCUGCGGCUGCGGCUGCUUACCUCGGGCGGAUGUAUCUGCGAGGUGAAGGUGUGAAGGUGGACUACUCGAUGGCGAAGGCUUGGUUCGACCGAGGGGCGGAGCAUGGGGAUAGGGAGUGCCAUAACGGGCUGGGCAUCAUGUACCGGGACGGGCUGGGUGUCAGGCAAGACAUAAAACACGCGAUGCUGCAUUUCAACGCUGCAGCUGGACAGGAACUCGCCGAGGCGCAAGUCAACAUCGGGAAAUACCAUUACUACCGCGGUGAAGUUCCUCUGGCCACAACCUACUUUGAGACCGCCGUUCGCAGUGGGUCGCCAUUCGAGGCGUACUACUAUCUCGGCGAGCUGCACUCUGCACAAGCCUCCAACGCCGCCUUGCCUUCGCAUCUGACCUCGAGCUCAUGUGCUAUGGCUGUGUCGUUCUACAAGCUCGUCGCUGAGCGAGGCGUUUGGGAGGACGACCUCCUCCGGGACGCAGAGAUUGCCUGGAUGGCUGGGGGAGACCAGGACCAGGAGGUCGCAAUGCUCAAGUGGUGGGUUGCGGCUGAGCGCGGGUAUGAGAUUGCCCAAAAUAAUUUGGCGUACGUUCUUGAUCAAGACAAGAGUGUCCUCCGCCUGACAAGGUUCUCGCCUAUGACCCCAUCCAACGACACUGCUCGACUGGCGCUGACACAGUGGGUUCGUGCUGCAGGUCAACGCAACAUCGAUGCUCUCGUAAAAGUCGGCGACUACUAUUACCACGGUCUUGGUGUGCCCGAAGAGGCCGAGCAAAGCCGGUUCGAGAAGGCUGCCCGGUAUUACCAGUCAGCUUCGGAUACUCAGAUGAGUGCGCUUGCUAUGUGGAAUCUUGGGUGGAUGUACGAGAACGGCGUUGGUGUACCUCAGGACUUCCAUCUCGCCAAGAGACACUACGAUAUGGCGCUGGAGACCAACUCGGAAGCUUACUUGCCUGUGAUUCUCUCGCUCGUUAAAUUAUACGCUCGCAGUAUAUGGCACACUAUGACCGGAGGGAAGAACGGCUUGAAUCUCUGGGGCCCAGACGAGGAAGAGUUUGUGCCGCCCAAAACAGCUGAAGGAAGGCAAAUUGAUGGGAAGCAAAAUGAGGGCCUCGAGGAAACCCGAGAAGAGGACCAUAGAUACUAUGAAGAGGAAGAUGGGCCAUGGUACUUCGGCAAAGCGAAAGAGGAGUUUCACCGUCGCCGGGGAAGUCAGGCGGCAAAUAACCGGAGGGGAGACGAGGAGGAUCCCAUCCAGUGGGCAAGGGAACGUCGAGACGCCGACCGUGAACGCGACACCGAUUUUGGACCCGAGGACUACUUCGAUGGCACUCUGCGGGGAGGAAACCGGGAAGACGUCGAGGUUGACGAGUUUGGCGAGACGAUGCUGCUCGUGCUGCUCUGUCUUGUGAUCUCGCUGCUCCUGUACAUCCGGACGCGGAUUGUGGAGAGGAUGCGCCGCGACCAACGCGAGCAGGGGCAGGGUGGCGAGCAACCAGCGGUGAACGGGAACGGAGGUGGGUUCCCUCCGGCUGGGGUGGAUCCUGGACGUGGCGAUUGGGCCAUCCUUCGAUGA